UUCUGGGAGUGUGGGAUGUUUCCCGGCAAUUUCAUACAUGUGUAAUGAUUCCAGUCCAUGCAGAGAUUUAUUUAAAACAUUGCAGUGCUUUGAUCAAACACGCCUACUAUGUCUCAGGAGCCAGGACCAAGUAGGCAGUCCCAGUCUCAGUCUCAGACACAGUCCCAGUCCCAUUCUCAGUCUCAGACACAGUCCCAGCCUGGAUCCAGCUCGUCGUCUGGCCCCACCUCCACCAGCCAGUCCUCUUCUGGCUCGGGGACCCUGAGCUCUGUGGACACCGUUCCUGUCACUGAGCUCUCCUCUAUCCCUGAGGAGGCAGUGGAACCAGAACUCAAAUACUGGGGGCGAAUUGUGCCUCUGAUUAGGGGCUUUAAUGUGCUCAACUGUGUAGAAAACCAGUACUACUUUGGCAGAGACAGCAGAUGUGACUACUGUUUCAAUGACCCUAUAGUACUGGAGUCACCACGUUAUAGAACUUACAGCAAGAGACACUUCAAAAUUUUUAAGGAUGGAAAUCUGGUGUGCCUAGAGGACCUCAGUGGGAAUGGAACAUGGGUUGAUGACACAGAGGUUGGUAAAGGAAAGCGAAUCCCUCUCAACAACAACUCUGUGGUUUCACUCGCUGACCCGAAACACAAAGUUUUCAUGUUCGUUGACAUGACUGAGGAUGAGCAGCCUAAUUUCCCGAAAGAAUUUCGAGAAAAGUACCACGUCACCCGGAAGAUUGGCUCGGGCGUGUGCGGCGAGGUUCGGCUGGCCAUCGAGAGAGAGACGUGCAAAAAGGUGGCUUUGAAAACAAUAAACAAGAACGACUUCCCUUCCAUUGGUACUGCAACAAGAAAUGCUGAGCGAGAGAUUGAAAUAUUAAAGAAAAUUGAUCAUCCAUGUUUAAUCAAAACAGAGGACUUCUAUCAAAAUGAAGACUCCUAUUAUAUUGUGUUGGAAUACAUAGAGGGAGGGGAACUCUUCAGUAGGAUUAAAUUUCAAAAGCAGCUGAAGGAGCAAAUAGCUAAACUCUAUUUCUUUCAGAUGCUGACAGCUGUAAAAUAUCUACAUGAAAAUGGAAUAAUACACAGAGACCUCAAACCAGAGAAUGUGCUCCUGGCUUCUCAUGAUGACGAGUGUCUGAUAAAGAUCACAGAUUUUAACCAGUCUAAGAUCCUGGAGCAGUCGUCUCUGAUGAGGACUCUGUGCGGGACUCCUACUUACCUGGCCCCUGAGGUCUUCACUGCUGCGGCUACGGGGGGCUACACCAGUGCUGUGGACAGUUGGAGUCUGGGGGUCUUACUCUUCAUCUGUUUGGGGGGGUAUCCACCUUUCAAUUCAGAAGGCACUGUUCCAGUCAGAGAGCAGAUUAUAAGCGGGCAGUACCGUUUUAUUAAGUCCCAGUGGCAGUCUGUCUCAUCUAAAGCAAAAGAUUUAGUUAAAAAGCUGCUUGUAGUUGACCCCGCCAUAAGGCUGAGCAUUUCUGAUGCUCUUGCACACCCUUGGCUUAAUGACAGCGAGAUGAGACAGACUGCCCACAAGCUGAUGUACCCGGAGCAGCCCAAGAAGCCAAACAGAGCUGAAGAGACAGCAGACAGUGCGGUGAAUGAGCCAACCACAGAGCCACCCCGAAGAAGUAAACGGAAAGCAGAGGAAGGGGAGACAUCAGCUGCCAAGAAGCGUCUUCGUAAAGACGCUGCACCAUGAACACGUUCUCCAAGCAACUUCAACAGCCUAAUGCUCUUGUAUAGAUUUGUAAAUAACCUGCUGUACAUUUGUCUACUCAAUAAACAUUUUUACAUUUUUAAAAACCUUCCCCCCCCCCCAGACCACUUUUAUUUAUUCAUACUAUCACAUAUCAACCAUUCUAACAGAAAACUGAAACGUUCUAAGUUAAUAAAGAGGAUACACAAGACUUCUGCUUUGUAAAGAUGUUGUUAGUUUAAUAACAAUAUAAUUCUCAGAACUAAGUGCUGGUUACGGUUAAGAAAGAAUCGAGCAGAAGUAGCCACAUAAAGCAAGAAAACCACUGGCAUUCUAGCAAUCACACAGCUGUACCAAUCCAAACUAAGCUGUAGGUUUUUUCAAACAUUCACUAGACCAAGUAAUCAAAGUUAAUUUAAAAUCACAGUUUCACUAGGCCUGACAGUGUUAUGGUCAUUUUAAUUAUU